AUGAGCGAGGGGGCUGCCGGCGCCGCGGCGCCCGGGGCGGCGGAGGCGGCGGCGGCUGCGGCGGGGGGCCCGGGCGGGGAUGGGGCCGGGGGGCCGCCGCGGGAGCUGCGCUGCAGCGACUGCAUCGUUUGGAACCGGCAGCAGACGUGGCUGUGCGUGGUACCCCUCUUCAUCGGCUUCAUCGGUCUGGGGCUCAGCCUCAUGCUGCUCAAGUGGAUCGUGGUGGGCUCCGUCAAGGAGUACGUCCCCACCGAGCUGAUGGACGCCAAGGGCGUGGGGCAGGACCCCUUCUUCCUCUCCAAGCCCACCGCCCCCCCCCGCGGCGCGGAGACCACCGCCGCCGCCACGCCGCGGCCGCCCAGCCGCGUCAGCCCCCGCCUCACCACCAUGAGCCGGGCUCCCCCGCGGCCCCCCGGCACCCGCGGCCCCGCGCGGGGCGGCCCGCGGCCCACGGCCGCCCGGCACCCCGUGUCCCCGCACACGGCACCGCCCGCCAGCGGCCCCCCCGGCACCGCCGGCCGCGCCGCCCGGCCGCCGCCCGCCGCCCCCAGCACCCCGCCGCUGCCCGCCUGGCCCACUGCGGCACACGCUACCUCCUCCUACAAGAUCUACGUCCACGACUCGGCGCCGUCCUGGACCUUGUCUCCCUUCCAGGAGUCGACUACCACCACGCCGGAGGCCAGCACGACCCCCAAAACCCGCACCACUACGUAUUCCACGGAGCGAUCUGAGCACUUUAAGCCAUGCAAAGACAAGGACCUUGCAUAUUGUCUCAACGAAGGGGAAUGCUUUGUGAUCGAAACCUUAACGGGAUCCCACAAACACUGCCGGUGCAAAGAGGGCUACCAAGGAGUCCGCUGUGACCAAUUUUUGCCGAAAACCGACUCAAUCUUGUCAGAUCCAACAGACCAUUUAGGAAUUGAAUUCAUGGAGAGCGAGGAGGUGUACCAGCGCCAGGUGCUGUCCAUUGCCUGCAUCAUCUUUGGCAUCGUCGUGGUGGGCGUGCUCUGUGCAGCCUUCUACUUCAAAGCCAAGAAACAAACAAAGCAAAUUCACGAACAGCUGAAAGAAACGCAGAAUAGGAAAACCUACAGCCUAAAUGCUUCCAGUGUGAUGGCAAAGUCGGAGUGUAUGGCACAAAGCCAAGUCCAGCUGCAAAAUUAUUCAAAACCCGAUAGGCAUGCGGGGCCUAUUCUGCACAAAGUUAUGGAGUCGAGUUUUCCAGGCGCUCAGUCUUUCCCAGAGGCCUUGUCUCCUGACAGAGGAACCCAGCCCAUGAGGCACCACAGAAGUCUCUCUUCAUGCUGCAGCCCAGGACAAAAAAGUGGGAUGCUCCAUAGAAAUGCCUUUCGGAGGACUCCUCCCUUGCCUCGGGGUAGGUUCAAUGGAAUUACAGGACCAGCAUAUCAACAGCUCCAAGAGUCGAGGAUCACAGACCAGGACACGAUACCUUGUCAUGGGUAUUCAUCCAGUGGUUUAAAAACUCCUCAGAAUACUUCAAUAAAUAUGCAACUGCCUUCAAGAGAGACGACCCCCUAUUUUAAUAACAAGGAUCAGAAGGACUUGGUCGGCUAUUCCUCUUCAAGGGCCAACUCCGUUCCCAUCAUCCCGUCUGUGGGCUUGGACGAAGCCUGCAUGCAAAUGCAAAACGUUCCUGAAGUAACAGGCAUCAAAUGGUGCAAAAACUCCUAUUCUGCUGAACUUGUCAAUGUGAGUUCCCCAGUCAGUAAUUGUCUAAUAGCAGAACAGCAGGAAGUGAAAAUACUGCUGGAAACUGUGCAGGAGCAGAUCCGGAUGCUGGCGGAGGCGCGGCGGUCGGAGGACUCGGAGGCGGAGAGCGGCGCGAGCGAGAGCACGGCCUUCCUGCCCACGAGCCCCACGGGCAAGGCAGAGCGGGAGGCACAGUUUGUCUUAAAAAGUGACACGCAAAGAGACUCGGUAUUGACCAAGUGA